AUGACACCACCUUUAAAUUCUGUGGCCCUUGAUGCACAAACCAUAAGUGGUAUCACAGGAUCUAUCUCGAUAGCAUGCUGGAUAAUAGUUUUUGCACCACAGAUCUAUCAGAACUUUAUACGAAAGAGUGCGACUGGUGUGUCACUGCUAUUUGUGAUUCUUUGGCUUGCAGGUGAUGUUUUCAAUGUUAUCGGUGCAGUUUUACAAAAAGUUCUACCGACAAUGAUCGUGCUUGCUUUCUAUUAUACAUUUGCAGAUAUUGUACUUUUAUGGCAAUGCCUUAUUUAUGGACAUGAUAAGGACAGUGAUAUUGAUCCCGUGCAUCUUUCCCCAGCUAAUCCUUUGAACGAAGAUGAGCCUCUAUUGGAUACUGUCAUAAGCAGUCACACUUUGAGUGGGCGUUCGGAUGAUCGCAGAAGCCGUGAUUACACGGAUAUUGAAAGCGGAACAAACUUUGAGGAUAUCGAUGGUGUUAAUCUAACCAGCAGCUGUGAUACUGAUGCAACAAGAGAGUAUUUCUAUAACUUUUUAAUGGUUCUCCUUGUUUGUUUGGCGGGCGUUGGUGGAUGGCUUUUCAGUUCUAAGGAUGAAAAAUCCACCCCUCCUGUUGAUGAGAAUUUGACGUUCAAUCUAGCUGCUCAGAUAUUUGGAUGGCUGUGUACGGCACUUUAUUUGGGUUCCCGUAUUCCCCAAAUUAUAUUGAACUAUGAGAGAAAGUCAUGUGAAGGAAUUUCAUUUUUGUUCUUCCUCUUUGCUUGCUUGGGAAACAUCACCUAUGUGAUCUCUAUUGUUGUGGUGUCUUCGGGAAAGAAGUAUAUUUUGAUCAAUCUACCUUGGUUGGUUGGUUCUCUCGGAACUUUGGGCGAAGAUUUUGUGAUAUUCUUCCAGUUUUUCCUCUACAGGGAUAACAGUCGAAGCUUAGAAGAAGAGAUCAUAGACGAGGAUGAAGUUCUAUCGCAACAGGAGGAAGCAGAUGAGGGAGAAGUUACCGCUGUUAGAACAUACGGUACUGCAUAA